GCUGCUGUGGCCAAUAUCAUUGUUUCCAUCCUAAUGGGCCAUCGCUUUGAAUAUGAUGAUCCAAAACUUCAGAGGCUUUUGACAAUCAUCAAUGACAACGUCAGAAUCAUCGGAAGCCCAAUGGUUUUUCUCUAUAAUUCAUUUCCAUCUUUGCUCCGUUGGCUACCUGGCAGUCAUAAUGAAGUCCUCCCCAACUUAGAGGAACUGCAUGCCUUUAUCAGAGAAACGUUCACCAACCAGAGGAAGCAGCUGGAUGUCAACGACCAGAGAAAUGUUGUUGAUGUAUUCCUUGUCAAACAAAAGGAGGAAAGCCAAAUCCAGAGUUAUAUUUUCACUGAUGCAAAUCUGACAUUCUCUUAUCACGGACUUGUUUGCUGCUGGGAUGGACACAACCUCUGCCACUCUCCGAUGGGGCCUUUUGUUAAUGAUGAAGUACCCAGAAAUUCAGAAAAAUGUUCAGAAUGAAAUUGAAAAGGUCAUUGGUUCAGGGGAACCUCGGGUGAUGCAUAGAAAACAGAUGCCUUAUACUGAUGCUGUCAUCCAUGAAAUCCAAAGGUUUGGUAACACUGUGCCAAUGAACGUUCCGCAUGCCACUACUCAAGAUGUGACUUUCAAAGGAUUCUUUAUACCCCAAGGUACUCAAGUGAUUCCAUUACUGUAUUCCGUCCUACGAGACAAAGAGCACUUUGAGAAGCCAGAAGAGUUUUACCCUCAGCAUUUUCUGGACUCGGAGGGAAACUUUGUUAAGAAUGAAGCUUUUAUACCAUUUUCUGUAGGUGAGUAA